AUGUCGUCUGCGCGAUCCGGCGAGCGCAUGAUCCAUCAGGACUUCAUAGCUCGCAUCCGAUUCUCCAAUGCCCUUCCUCCGCCGCCGCACCCCCCGAAGCUUCUCGACAUCCCCAACACUGGCCUUGCCAGUGGCCAGUACACAACCCCGGGCUUCGCCUCACGACUCGCCAGGGAGCAGCCCUUAAACAUCGAGGUCGAUGCCGAGCUGGGUAUGCCCCUGGACUUGGUGGGCAUGCCCGGUAUUUUCGAUGGCGACGAGAGUACUAUCCAAGCCCCUUCACACCAACCUGCGGUCCAUCCCCAUGACAGAGCCUUGCUGAGGCCAAUUGCCGCCCUCGGGAAGAAGAAGGUUGCAGAGGCCACAGUUUCCUUCCUUCGCCGAACCGAGUACAUCUCCAACUUUGCGUCCAAGCGCCACGACGCCGGCGACCCCCGUGCGCCGCUCAACACAUCCAAGAAGCCCCGUCGCGCCCCCGAACAGGCUGCCGACUCACCUGCAGCAAUCAAGCGCAAGAUCGACCGUGGGUUCGAGUUGGCCGAGGAGGAGCUCAAGCACCCCAAGCGUGUCAGGCAUCCCACCAAGCGAAACGCCCAGCUCCUCGAGGCCGUCCCCCUCAUCCCCGACCUGGACUCCUUCCCCGACUCCGGCGCCUUCGUGACCAUCAAGUUCGCCACGAACCCCGUCGCAAGCUCGACGGAAUACGACAAGCGCCUGCUCUCGUCGCUCUUCAGACCCAUCGACAGGACCGAGGCCGAGGACCAGGCGUACGAGGCCGCCCUCGAGGCCCACCAGCAGGACCCCGACAACUACCCCAAACCGCAGAACCUGAUGAACUACGAGUUCUUCCUCCCCCAGAGCAACUCGACCGGCGACAAGUUCCGCCGCAAGUUCGACGUGCAGAACCCGGACCGCGACAACGAGAACCUCUACACCCACCAGGCCGACGGCGGCGGCUGCUUCCACUUCAACCGCAUCAGGGAGUACGAGACGGCCCAGGAGAUAGAGCUCGACCACGGCAGCAAGUACUCGUACGAGAUCCUCCUCGCCUCCUGCAGCGACGACGACUACCCCAGGCAAAAGGCCGUCUACUACUACCCCGUGCUGCAAAAGUCCACCAUCCGGCCCCAGCGCACAAAGAACAUUGCCCGCACCGCCGUCGGCGGCGCCGAGGACGAGCAGAUCGUCGAGCGCCUCGACGUCACCGUGCAGGACCCCAACGAGCGCAUGAAGGACGCCAUGAACCGGUACAAGCUCAACCCGCUCAAGUGGGCGGACGAGGAGGAGGGCGAGGACCAGCGCGAGGCCAGCCAAGAUGCAGAGGGCGAGGACCGGGACGCCGAAGGCGAGGAAGAGGAUGAUUAA